GGUUUUGAACCGCACGAGCGAGCGGGAGUGUUACUACCGGAUUUUUACUUCAAUCGUUAAAAGAGUGAGUGUUGAGGUGCUCCAAUGGCGACAGACAUUAUUGCACAGUUGGCUGACUCUCUGGCCAAGACUGCUGUCAAAGAUGGAGAGCUGAGUUACAAAGGUCAAGGAAGAAAGCUGGAUGAUGCCAAGUCAGUGGAGGACAUGGUGAAGGAGAUCCAGGACUUUGAGGGCUUGCAGGCUCUCAGACUGGAGGGAAACACGUUUGGUGUGGCGGCAGCACAGGCCAUCGCCAAGACUCUGGAGACGAAGAGCGACUUCAAGCGCUGUUAUUGGAGUGACAUGUUUACUGGUCGACUGCGUUCUGAAAUCCCUCCUGCCCUGAAUUCACUGGGUGAUGCACUGAUGCUGGCCAGUGCCCGUCUGACUGUUUUAGACCUCAGCGACAACGCAUUUGGUCCAGAUGGUGUAAAGGGCAUUGAGAAACUGCUGAAGAGUGUUACCUGCUUCACGUUGCAGGAACUUCGUCUCAAUAAUUGCGGCAUGGGCAUCGGAGGCGGAAAGAUUUUGGCCUCAUCGUUGAUUCAGUGUCAUCACAAAUCCAGUGCAGAGAACUCCCCCCUCAGCUUGAAGGUGUUUGUUGCUGGAAGGAAUCGACUGGAAAAUGAAGGAGCCACUGCACUCGCUCAGGCCUUCCAGCUGAUGAGCAGCCUGGAGGAGGUUCAUAUGCCUCAGAAUGGCAUCAAUCACUCGGGUGUGACCGCGCUGGCCACAGCCAUGCAGCACAACCCAGGACUCCGAAUCUUAAACCUCAACGACAACACCUUUACUGAAAAGGGGGCUGUUGCCAUGGCUCAGGCGCUGAAACACCUCCGCAGCGUCCAGGUGAUCAACUUUGGAGACUGUCUAGUUCGACCAGAAGGCGCUAAAGCAAUCGCAGAAACUGUAUCGGAGGGACUGCCCAUCCUCAAGGAACUGAAUCUGUCGUAUGGUGAGAUCACAGCAGAAGCAGCUCUGGCUGUCGUACAGGCAGUGAAGAACAAGGACCAGCUGGAAAAACUGGAUCUGAAUGGUAAUUGUCUGGGAGACGACGGCUGCAAAGCUCUGAAAGAUGCCAUGGAAGGGAUGAAUAUGGGCGAGUUUCUAGGAUCACUCAGUGAUGAUGAGGGUGAGCUUGAGGAGGAUGAGGAUGAAGAGGAGGAUGAAGAGGAGGAUGACGACGAUUAUGAAGAAGAUGAAGAAGAGGAGGAGGAGUUGGAGGAAGAGGAAGUAGAGGAAAGCAGCCAGAACAAGCUGUCCACUCCUACAUCAGCCCCACGACCACCAGAUGUCUCUUCAUUCCUCAUCUUUCCAUCUCCUGACAAGCUGCUCAAACUGGGCGCCAAGAGAGCCCUGCUGGUGCAGCAGCAGGUGGAUUUGACAGAUCCAUCAAAAACUGCUGAAGCCCUCCUAAAGAUCGCAUCCGUGUACAAGGAGGAGAACAGCGACGUCAAGCACGCUGUGCUGGACACUAUUGAUGGCCUUCUGAACAAAGCGUUCAGCACUCCGUCCUUUCAGAGCUUCAGUUUUGUUUCGUCUUUGUUAGUGCUGCUCGGACUCAUCAAGAGUGAGGACAAGGUCAAGCCCGUGCUCGUGGUCCCGGGCCACCUCCACGUCUUGGAGCACAUUGUUCGGCAGGAUUACUUCCCCAAGGAGAGCGUGGCGGUGCUGGAGGCUUUUGUGUCCCGGAACAGCAAGUCCUUAGAGUCGUGUGGAAACGCUCGGAACAGCCUCCAGUCGACACUGCACAGAGUCCGAUAUCAGAGCUGAGGCGGUGCUCUCAUCCAUCGAACUUUAAUCACUCACGGACCUUUGAAAAGCAGAACACAAACCUAAUUUUCUAAAAAGUUGGACAAAGCAGCACGAGACGACUUCACUGUAGCUGAGUUUUGGUGCUGUCAGUAUUUUUUAUUUUUUUACUUGGAAGCUGAACCUGAAGUAAAAUCUGCCCGUCUGUUGAAUCUUGACCCUUUUUUGUGUGGACAUGGACGACUUUCACAUCCCGAGGCCUCAACUUCAACAUAAUCUGAAGUUUGUGACGCCAAACUGCUCUGAUCUUAGGAUAUUCUGGACUCAUUAACUAUUCUGUGUCUUCUAUUUCAUAUCUAACUUUAUUAUUAUUUUAUACGAACCAUUAACUAAAGUCACGAAUGGGGUAAAUAAAUUAAAAAAUAUUGACCAAAACACGGUUGUAAAUGAAAACAAUCAGAACAACUGAUGUUCAUUUUU